GCUGGUAUAGAAGUAACCAUGGUGGCCCCGUUUGGGAGAGUGCCCUUAUAACACGGCAACAUCCGCACGUGAAUCACCGGGCACGAAGCCACACCCACUCUUCUGGUUCUAUGGCCACUGUGCGGGAAUGGUCCUGCACCCGCUGUACUUUCCUGAACCCCGUGGGACAGCGCCAAUGCUCCAUCUGCGAGGCCCCCCGCCAGAAGCCCGACCUCAAUCAAAUCUUACGCCUGAGCGUGGAAGAGCAGAAGUGGGCCUGCGCACGAUGCACCUUCCGGAACUUUGUGGGCAAAGAGGCCUGCGAGGUGUGUGGCUUCACUCCGGAACCCGGGCCAGGAGGCUCCCCUCUGCCAAUCCUCAAUGGGGUCCUGCCGAAAUCCACCGUCCUAGUGGAACCCAAAGCCGGUGGCAAGGAGGAGGUGCCCCAGAUAGAGAGCCCCGUUGAGGACUUGGAGGGGAAGAGCCCCCAAGAGGCAGAGCUGGAGGAGGGCUGGGCCUGCCAACGUUGCACCCUCCACAACACUCCCGUCGCGAAUUCCUGCUCGGCCUGCGGGGGCCCCCGCAAGCUCUCCCUGCCCAAGAUCCCUCCAGAGGCCCUGGUGGUCCCGGAAAUCAUCACGCCCGCCGGUUUCCAGAUCGCUUCCGCCACCGAGACCCCCGAGGGCCACCCGGCUGCCAAUCAAGGCCCUGCCCUCGUGGAGGAAGAGAGCCAGAAGAUGGCAGCCUUCAGCCUUUUCUCCCCAGGUCUCCAGAACAACCCUGUUCCUCGUAGCCGCCGAGAGGUGCCCCCGCAACUCCAGCCGCCGGCUGUGGAAGCUUCCCAACCGGCUUCUCCGCCAACCCCUGUGCAGAAGGCCAUUCGCUUCCAGGAGAUGAUGGCAACCAAGCGGCUGAGCAUGCUGGAGGAAGAAAUGGACGUCAGCGUGCCCUCCUGGCAAUGCAGCACCUGUUCACUGCUCAACACCUCGGGGAACGAGGCCUGCGAGGCCUGCAGCAGCCAGAAGGGCAGCGACACCAUUGACGUGACGGGGGACUCCGUUCGUUUUACACCCUGUGGGCCCUCCAGCCCCGACUUCACCACCUGGUCCUGUUCCAAGUGCACCUUGAAGAACCCCACCGCUUCCCAGAAGUGCAAAGCCUGCGGCUCCUCCAAACUGCACGGCUUCCAGGAACAUAGCUUGCAGCCGGACCCGGCUCCCAAGUGCCCCGAAUGUGGCUCUGACAAAGGCAGGUGUGUGGCUUGUGGCACCCGAGCUCCUUCCGCCCGCAAAGUCGCCCGUCUCUUCCCCAUUCAGACCCCGGUCACCCCUGACCGAGCCAGCCAGUGGGCGUGCCCCGCUUGCACCCUCCUCAACGAGCUGAAGGCCAAGCACUGCCUCGCCUGCCACACUCCUCAAGUCUACAUGGCCCAGCGCAAGAGCAUCAAGCCGCUACGGCGGCACGAGAGCAUGCACGUGGAGAAACGACGGCAGACAGAUGAAGGGGAGGCCAAAGCCCUCUGGGAGAACAUCGUCUCCUUCUGUCAAGAGAACAAGGUCAACUUUGUGGAUGACAGCUUUCCUCCCGGUCCCAAGUCGGUUGGCUUUCCCGAAGGAGACAGCGUCCAGCAGCGAGUCAAGCAGUGGCUGAGGCCUCACGAAAUCAACUGCAACAUCUUCAAAGACCGGUCGGUCAAGUGGUCAGUUUUCCGGACACCCCGACCUUCGGAUAUCCUGCAGGGACUCCUUGGAAACUGUUGGUUCCUGAGUGCGCUGGCAGUGCUGGCAGAGCGUCCCGAAUUGGUGGAAAGGGUCAUGAUCACACGGACCAUGUGCCCCGAGGGGGCCUACCAAGUCCGGCUAUGCAAAGAUGGCACCUGGACCACCGUGCUGGUAGAUGACAUGCUGCCCUGCGAUGAGUGUGGCUAUCUCCUCUUCUCCCAAGUGGAAGCAGCUGUGGUGCAGAGUGUGGUGCUUUUCCUGGAGGGACUCGUUGCUGCAACCCAACGGAGCCCUCCUGAGGACACGGAGCUGGGGGGUGUCUUUGAUUUGGCACCUGCCCCUGGUUCCCUCCUCCUGACCACCCACUCCUACCUGGGGCUGGGCGAGGAACAAAGGCCCACGCCUCCGUUUCGGUGGACGGCCAGCUAA